AUGGCGAUUACUACAAGAAGUGGUAGAGGUGGAGUUGCUAGUACCUCUAAUCCAAGAAAGGUUGUGAUUGAUGAUGUGUUAGUGCAAGAUGAUGACGAGCCAAGAAAUGAUGUGCAAGAUGUCGUUUGGUUAUGUAAUGCACCAGCUACUUUUCAGCGGUGUAUGAUGGCAAUAUUCACGGAUAUGGCGGAGGACUUCCUCGAAGUUUUCAUGGAUGAUUUCUCUGUUGUGUGGGAUUCUUUUGAUGAAUGUUUGGAUAAUCUUGAUAAACUUUUGACUUUAUGGUUAAGGAGGGCAUUAAAGAAGCUCAAACGGGACUGCUUGGAUAACUAUUGGGAUGAGCCAUAUCUGUUCAAAAUUUGCACCGGUGGUGUUAUCCUGAGAUGUGUUCCAGAAGAAGAGCAAUUGGGUAUUCUUGAAGCUUGCCAUUCCUCGCCAUAUGGCGGCCACCAUGGUGGGGCGAGAACUGCUACAAAGGUCCUAAGCUGUGGAUUCUAUUGGACUACCUUGUACAAAGAUGCUAGCAAGCUUGUUAAGUAG